AAGCGCGCGGUCUGUUGACGUCACUCGCGCGAGACGGCAGUGCUGCUGUACCUGUGUGCGCGCUUAGUUUAUUUUUCUGCUUUGUGUCGUUCGUCCGAAUUUUUUUUCCUGGAGCCUUUUUUCAUUCACAGUUGAUUUAAGAUGACCUUGCAGUGGACUGCGGUUGCAUCGUUCUUGUAUGUGGAGAUUGGUGUCCUCCUCAUCUUUUGCCUGCCUUUCAUCUCCGCUCAAAGAUGGCAAAGUGUUUUCAAGUGGAGCAUCUGGAGCCAUCUUUCCCAGUUCUGGAACAAGGGCUUUCUCACCAUGAUAAUAAUCCUCAUCGUUCUCUUCCUCGACGCCCUGCGGGAGGUGAAGAAGUACUCGACGGCUGACCAGAGCAAAGAUACCAAGCUUCUCCCCAACAUGUUAGACCACAUGCACAUGAAGCUCUUCCGAGCUCAGAGGAACCUCUACAUCUCUGGUUUCUCGCUCUUCCUGUGGCUUGUCAUGAGGAGGGUCAUCACUCUGAUUAACCAGCUGGCCACGGCUGUGAACACCAGCGCCGCUCUGCAGACUCAGACUGACAGCGCCAACAAAGCUGCCAAGAAAUACAUGGAGGACAAUGAGAUGCUCAAACAGGCAUUUACAGAAGAUAAAGGAGAAGGAGGGAAGACAGCAGAUCCAGAAGAGAACAGACUCCUGAAGAAAGAGGUGCAGAGACUGACGGAGGAUCUGAAGAGCAGCGCUGAUGCUCUGAAAAAGACUAAGUCAGAUUUGGACGCCAUGAAGAAACAAACUGAAGGAUUGACCAAAGAAUACGACCGUCUCCUACAAGAGCACCAGGAGCUUCAGAAUCAGAUGGAAAGUGGACACAAAAAAGACAACUAGCGAAGUGGACGCAUUGGAAACCUGUACGUUAAUGCAUAAUGAUGACGGUCAUGCUCAGUUCCUCUCACACACACUCACCUGGGAGCACCACAUACAAACUGUUAGGAGUUCUCUACGGUCCUUUCAUGACAUCACAUCCUGUCAGGUUUCCUGCUCACCACACAUUUGAAGAAACCGUUUUCCCAGUUUCCUGGUUUGAUGUUGAAGCGGUGCAGUGCUGUAUUUUGAGAUUGCUGCAGAAUGUGGCUGUCUGAAACCCAACACUCAUUGAUGUUUACAGGAAACUGCAUGCAAUUUAAUCCAAAAGCCUUCGUGACUGAUGUUUGCAUGUUGCAUUGAAAUACCUCGUGUUGCUUUCCUUCUUCUCUGCUAGAUUCUCUGCUUUAUUUGGUUUAAAAGUGCAUCUUAUCAAACCAGGUUAGUCGAGCAACAUCCAGAAACAUGCAAACACCAGUCAAUAGUCGUACGAUUAAAAUACAUUUCCACAGCAAUAUUUUCAUUCAUAUUUUCCAAAGACGACAUAAUGGGAGCCUAUAUAAGAUCACAUACAUUACAGGCUGCGUUAGUCAUUUGAUCAACUUUAAUUAAGAAGCAAAACUGUUUACACAUGAACAACAGGUAAGAGUUAAACAUCACAAUGAGACAGUCAAACAGUCUGUUAGCGAGCGGCUAGUGUGUUUGUUCUCGAUCUGGAGAGGUAGGUCAAGUACACCUGAGUUCAAACGCUGUUAGUUGUCAAACAAAUGCUGAAAUGUGAAAUUCAACCGAUUUCACAGUCCAAUAGAGAUCGUUUCUUACAUUUGAGGUAGAUGGUUUUGUGCUUUUAAUGCUUAACAUUGUUGAAUCUUACAAAACAUGUCCAGGACAUAUUGCACCCCAAAAUCAAAUUAUGUUUUGGAUAAAGAAAAUUAAAGUAUUAAGAUUGUUUUUUGUUUUUUUUUGUGCAUUUUUAUUAUAAUUUAAAAACGUGUCAUUACAAUUAAGCACAUUUUGAUGGAAGCAUGUUUCUGGCAUGGGAUAAACAUCAAAGGUAAUUGUGACUUUUAUCUUACAAUUCAGACUUUUUUCUCAGAAUUGCAAGAAAUAAACUCACCGUUGUGAGAAAAGAGUCACAAUUGUGAGAUAAAAAAUCACGGUCAUCUUUAAAAAAA